AUGUUCUGCGGAAAAUUGGGGCACACGGUGGAAAAGUGCUGUACCAAGCAGAAGCAAGAAAAUCGGGGAGCUCGACGCGGCGGUAAUGCUCGUGGACGCGGAGCGAAUCAAGUUCAGUGGCAAGGCUACAACGGCAACAGCAACUAUGACUAUGAUCGAGUGGCGUUUGCUGUUUCGCCGGAAUGCGGACUUUCAACGGCCAAGAGCAUGUCUGGAAUGUGGGUUAUUGACAGCGGUGCAACACAUCACAUCUGCUAUGACAAGUCCAAGUUCGAAGUUCUGGACGAGCGCAAUGAAGGUGAAGAAUUGGUUGCAGAUGGGAACAAGGCUGAGAUCAACAGUGUCGGGACAAUCGUCGAAAAGGGGAUCAUGCCCAACGGUGAAGAGCGCGAAGUCGGGAUCAAGAACGCGCUUUACGUCCCAAGCAUGAACAAGAACUUGCUAUCGAUACCACAAAUCAACAAAAGCGGCAAGUUUCAAGUGGUGUUUGAUGGUGACGAGAUGAAGAUUUUGCACAAAGGCUCCAAGCAAGUAAUGGCGAUGGCAGAUCUUGUGGAUGGCCUCUACUGGCUUCGUACAUCCCAACGAUCCGUGAAUGCGGCUUCAGGACCAAGAGUCAAAAACCGCCAUGCGCGUAUGGGUCACGCACCGGUUGAUGUCUUGUGCAGGAUGGUCUCCAAGGGCAUGAUCAAGGAUGCCAAGAUGCCAACGAAUUGA